AUGGCACAGUGUAUGCUGGGUCCACGCGCCACAUUGCAGGACUUGUGCGACCAUAUCGAUGGCCAUAACCUCAUCCUCCCAGGCUGGCAGAUCACCGCGAUUCAGGAAAAGGCCAUGGUAGAGAUGUGUAAGGUACUGCACAUCACGGUGCCGAACCGUUUUUGUCUGUCCCCAAUCAACUCCCCAGCGGCCCUCGUACACUGGAGGUGUCUGACCGUGAUCGCGGGGGCAUUGUCGCCAGCUACCAUGGACAGUCUGAGGGGGACCUAUGCUCAACCCAUACACCAGACUGUCCAUGCCUCCGAGGCACCCUCAGCUAGUUCAUCCAAGGAAGAGGUUGAGGAGCGAACGACCGGAGUGUGGAACAAUGAAGAACAGGUCGGGGAGGAACCAGAAAUGCAGGGGGACUCGAUGGAGGGGAUGCAGACGGUAGUGUAUGCCUUUGACAGUCAUUUCCACCUGGACAGGACUCGGUAUAGGCUUCGGCUGGAAGCCAAUGCGUCCGUAAAAGACGUGCAGGAGGUCAUGGCCACAGAGUCCGGGGACUACCUCGUCCAGGUCUCGGGAGGGGUGGUGGUCUAUUGCGACCCGCCUACCUACCCCUCUGAGGAAGAAAUCAACGAGUUAGUCCAGGACGGGUUCCGGGUAGUGGUUGGAGUCCACCCCAAAAUUAUAGCGGCGCCACAGGCAAUCGAGCACCUCACAUGGCUCUUGACCUUACCUGGUGUAGCUGGAUUAGGGGAGAUUGGAAUCGACCACACAGUGGACCAGCACGACCAAUGGCAUGACUAG